AUGAAGGCCAUUACCAACCUGUUGGCAAACAUAGACGCACCGGUUCCGGAGAAAUCCCUUGUCACAUACAUGCUCAAUGGUCUCUCUCCAAAGUUCGAGAACAUCUCCAUGCUUAUCUGUCACAAGGACCCUCCUCCUACCUUCUUGGAGGCCCAAUCAACCCUUGUUUCUAAGGAAUUCUGUGUCAACCGCCAUCACUCAUCUACUCCAGCCCAUUCUGAUCAUGCCUCUGCCCCUCAAGUUCUCCUGGCCAACAACAACAACAGGCCUGACCCACGCAACCAACAGAACCGAAGCUCUUUAAACCAACGCACUGGAGAUCACUCCAAUAACAUAAGGUCUCAAUCCUAUUCCUCACAACUUGCUGUUGGUGUACGCUAUGCCCUAGCCCAUCCCUGGUCUCCAUACUACGACCCAUGGGUUGCAUAUGGUUGGCCUGCUCCUCCACCAUGGUCUGUUCCCCGCCCACCGCAGAAUUUCCAAUAG